GUGGAGUGGCUGAAGAACGAAGAGGUGAUUGAUCCCGUGGAAGACCGAAAUUUUUACAUCACCAUUGAUCACAACCUGAUCAUUAAACAAGCGCGGCUUUCCGACACGGCCAAUUACACUUGUGUCGCCAAAAAUAUUGUGGCCAAAAGGAAAAGCACCACAGCGACUGUGAUUGUCUACGUGAAUGGAGGCUGGUCUACCUGGACUGAGUGGUCAGUGUGUAACAGCCGAUGCGGGAGAGGCUUUCAGAAGCGUACAAGGACCUGCACCAAUCCUGCCCCGCUCAACGGUGGUGCCUUCUGCGAGGGCCAGAGUGUUCAGAAAAUAGCUUGCACCACUCUGUGUCCAGUGGAUGGCAAGUGGACGUCCUGGAGCAAGUGGUCAACCUGCGGCACGGAGUGCACCCACUGGCGCCGAAGGGAGUGCACAGCCCCGGCACCGAAGAACGGGGGGAAGGACUGCGAGGGGCUGGUGCUGCAGUCCAAGAACUGCACCGACGGGCUCUGCAUGCAGAGUUUCAUUUAUCCUAUUUCAACUGAACAGAGAACCCAGAAUGAAUAUGGAUUUUCUUCUGCUCCUGACUCAGAUGAUGUUGCUCUCUACGCUGGGAUCGUCAUAGCCGUGAUCAUGUGCCUGGCUAUUUCCGUGGUUGUGGCCCUGUUUGUGUAUCGCAAGAACCACCGUGACUUUGAGUCAGAUAUUAUCGACUCCUCAGCGCUGAACGGGGGAUUUCAGCCUGUUAACAUCAAGGCUGCAAGGCAAGACCUCCUGGCAGUGCCACCAGACCUCACUUCUGCUGCAGCCAUGUACAGGGGUCCUGUUUAUGCCUUGCAUGACGUCUCUGAUAAAAUCCCAAUGACCAAUUCUCCAAUCCUCGACCCGCUGCCCAACCUGAAAAUCAAGGUUUAUAACACCUCUGGCGCAGUCACUCCCCAGGAUGACCUCUCUGACUUCUCCUCCAAGCUGUCCCCACAGAUUACACAGUCACUGCUAGAGAAUGAGACCCUGAACAUGAAAAACCAAAGCCUUGCUCGGCAAACAGACCCAUCAUGCACUGCAUUUGGGACCUUCAACUCUUUAGGAGGUCACCUAGUAAUUCCUAAUUCAGGAGUAAGCUUGCUGAUCCCAGCGGGGGCCGUUCCACAAGGGAGAGUCUAUGAAAUAUAUGUGACAGUUCACAGGAAGGAGAACAUGAGGUAA